AGACCGCUCGGCACAGCUCCGGAGCCGCGCGGCACCUCCUCGCGCCCGUCGGGAUGGCGGUGCAGAGCCUGGCGCUGGCUGCCCUCCUGCUGGCGGUCUCCACCGCGCUAGCCAGGGCCACCAACCCCGGGCUCGUGGCUAGAAUCACCGGUCCGGGCCUGGACUACGCCUGUCAGAAGGGCAUCGCUGCCCUGGAGAAGAAACUGGCCAAGAUGAAGCUGCCGGACAUCUCGGGGUCCCAAGGGACACCCGUAGGAGACGUGUACUAUGAAUUGUCCCGCUUGAACCUCCUCAGCUUCCGGCUGCCGAGCUCCCAGAUCAUCCCCAUCCCCAACGCGGGCGUCCAGGUGUCCGUCUCCGAUGCCUUCGCCCAGCUGGCGGGGAACUGGAAGUGGAAGAAAGGGAUCUUUGGGGACGACGGCUCAUUUAACCUGAAGGUCACUGGUCUCCGCAUCUCUGCCGGGCUGAAGCUGGGGAGCGACGCCUCUGGGAAACCCACCGCGACCACCUCUGCCUGCACCACCUCCAUUUCGGAUGUCAGGGUGCACGCUGGCUGGAUUUACAAGCUGGUCUUCAACAUAAUCAAGUCGCGCAUCAGGGCAGUGAUGGAAAGCAAGGUCUGCAGAGAGCUGAGGAGCUUCGUCAGCACGCGGCUGCAGCCCUACCUCCACACGCUGCCAGUCACAGCAGUGAUAGACACGGUGGCCAGCAUCGACUACUCCCUGGUGGCCCCCCCCGUGGUGAUGGCCCAGUAUCUGGACGUGAAUCUGAAGGGCGAGAUCUUCUCCCGGGCUCACCACGCGCCGGCCCCCUUCUCUCCCCCCGCCCUGGCCUUCCCGACGGAGCGUGGCCGCAUGGUUUACCUGGGGGUCUCCAGCUACUUCUUCAACACCGCCGGCUUCGUCUACCAGGCUGCCGGGGUCCUGGUCUUCAACAUCACCAACGACAUGCUUCCCAAAGAGGGCUUUUUCCACCUGAACACCUCCACCUUCUCCCACUUCAUCCCUCAGCUGAAGCAGCGGUACCCCGACCAGCUCAUGAAGCUGCAGCUCACGACCCCCUUGGCGCCGUUCCUGACCAUCGCACCCGGGGGCCUGGAGCUGGCGCUGGUCGUGGACGUCCAAGCCUACGCCAUGCUGCCCAGUGCCAGCCUCGCUCCGCUCUUCCUCCUCCGCCUGUCAAGCAACAUUUCUGCCAGCGUCACCAUGAGCGAUGCCCGGAUACACGGGACCUUGUCAUCUGGCAGGCUGGAGCUGUCGCUGAAGCACUCGGACAUCGGCCCCUUCUCUGUGCUAGGGCUGCAGCAGGUCAUGAACUUCUGUGUCUCCCACAUCCUGCUGCCCUUGGUGAAUGGUGAGCGUCUGGCGGGGGGUCCACGGCAGGCCUGGGAGCUGGGGUCAGUCAAGGCCCCUGCCCACAGUCAGCUCUGGAGCGUGGCUCAAAGCUACCGCAAGCCAAGGGGCCCCGGGCAGUGGGAAAGCAGUGCAGAAGCACAGCCGGAGCGCAUGGGGCUGCAGGAGGAGGGUGGCUCGGCAGAGACGUCUCCGGGCCGCGACUCUGGGGUUGAAGCAAAGGCAAUGGAAAGAAUGAGCCGGGCACGUGGCUUAAUGGCUUCCAGACCCCCGCUCCCCGCACGCGGAGCACCAGAGCCGCGGGGGGACGGCUCGCACGCGGGGGAGCAGGGCCAGGCAGCAUGCACGAAGCCCCCCAGCCCUGUGCAGCGGCUGGGGGAGCUCCCCUGCCCCCAACCCCAAGGGUCUGAAGCCUGGGGCAUCCGGUUCGUCUGCCCCCCACCCCGGGCUGUCACCUGCUGUGUUUUCCAGACAAGCUGAAGAAGGGCUUCUCCCUCCCGCUGCCCAAACACAUCCAGCUCUCCAGCUGCAGCCUGCAGCCAC